UGUACCCGUUAACCGAACAUCGUUCGGCACAAGUGCUCUAAAGGCAUCAACAAAUCUGGACAAGAGCACUUCCCUACCAUAGGUGCCUCGUCCAAGGCGCUACACACUUUCCAUCCACCUUCAGAGAGGCCAAUGAGCUUGUGGGCUGUGUGAGCCCUUCCACAAGAAAUCACACAAGCAGCAACACGCGGUCCGAGAACGGUCAAGGAUUGCUGGGUUUGGCUUUAGCCCCAGAGAACCGCUGCGUGUCUUUUCUCCCUUGGCUCCGAAUACGGUGCCAGCUGAACGAAAGUUGUUCAAAUGCAGUUUAAAACGCGAGUAAUCGCGCGCGCACUAGCAGAACUUGUCCUUUAAAUUUUGUUUUUCAAUUCAUUGACCUACUCCGUGCCGGCACAGGCAAAGGUGGCACAUCGAACUGUGCGCGUGUUGUCCAAAAAUGGAACGAAAAGUUGAUGCACUUCCAGCAGUAGCAACUGGAGUGCUGACGUUGGAAGUAGAACCCCCGAUCGUGGAACAAAAAUGGCCUAUUGUUUGGUAAUGUUUUUGUGAACAUCCCGUACAAAAACAUGGCUUGUUAAAAGUAAUGCCGCCAUGAUGAUAUCCUAUCGCUUACCUACGCAAAUCUAUCGCAUCAGCGAAUUGCGAUCUGGGAUUACCGAGUGUGAGGGCGCACAAAUUAACGAUUUUCCCUGUACAUUACGAAGAUAAACAAUGAGCUGAGUUGUACCAAUUAAAUCGACACCGACGUUCCCUGCUGUUCGAGAUAGAUAUCCCUUUUUCUUUACGUAAUGGCCGAUCGACCGAAAGCCGGUAUGAAGAUGGGGGAGUUGCAAAAAAAAAGAUGGAUUAAAAUACCGGGUCAUGAGAACUUUGCUCUGUUUGAUGCUGUGAUAACGAUCGAUUCGGUUCGCCGACAACAAACGGAGAGCUAAUUGCAAACAUGAGUCUCUCGUGCGCUAACUAUCGGACCAGUUGGCUCCACGCAAAACAGCUAGUUCGAUAGGUUCAAGGGUAGGUGUUCGUCCCUUAGCGGUGCACGAGCGACGUAAUUAGCACCUGAUUUGGUGAGCUUGUAGAUGGUACCAAAUGGAGGCUUAGUUCCAAGUGAGAAGCUUCAAAAAAAACGAUCGCAGUUUUACCUGCAAGAGAGGGUCACUUUGGAAGGUCGCGUGGAGGUCUCCUGCGACCCGGAAGAAGAGCACGUUUGCUUUGUGUAGACUCGAAACUAAGUGUUAUACAAUAAUUCCUGAGAUCCAGUAUCGGAAGAUUUGAAUUUGAUUCAAAAUGAGAGUACCAACGAUGCUAUCCGACGUAGAGGAGCUGCCCUCGGUGCAGCUGGGCGACUAUGUGCUCCGGUUCGAGCUGGAAGAUCUGACCCCCUUCGGCAAGGAGGUGGCCAAGAACGAACUGCGCGAAACGCCCGAAAUUCGUACCGCCGCCAUCGAGGAACUGCGCACGCUGCUCAAAGAUGUGGAAGGCUUGGUCGUGCCGCUAGACAACGAUGACUGGAUGAUCCGAUUCCUGCGGCCAUGCAAAUUCUACGCAAAGAGUGCCUGUGAGUUGAUUCAACGGUACUACCAGUUCAAGGUAAAACACUGGGACAUGUAUAACGAGCUGAUGCCGUCGAAGGAAGCCAACAUCUUCAAGCAGAACAUCCUGGCCGUGUUCCCGAACCGCGAUCAGCUCGGGCGCCGUGUGCUGCUGCUCGAGCUGGGCAAAAGCUGGAAGCACAAGGAAGUCACGCUGGACGAAGUGUUCAAGGGCUGUGUGCUGUUCCUGGAGGCGGCCAUGCUUGAACCCGAAACACAGGUGCACGGUGCGGUCGUGAUCUUCGACAUGGACGGGUUGACCCUACAGCAAGCCUGGCAGUUUACGCCACCGUUCGCCAAGCGUAUCGUCGACUGGCUGCAGGAUGCGGUCCCGCUCCGCAUCAAGGGUAUCCACAUCAUUAAUCAGCCAAAGAUCUUUAACAUGGUGUUCGCACUGUUUAAGCCGAUUCUGCGCGAGAAGCUGCGCAACCGUAUCAUCUUCCACGGUACCGAUCGUGAGUCACUGUACAAGCACAUCUCCAAGGAGUGUCUGCCGGCGGUGUACGGUGGUACGGUCGAUGCACCUCGGGUACAGGGCGAACAGUGGUACGAACUGUUGCUCAAGUGUGACAACGAGUACAAGGAGAUCAACAACUACGGCUACACCAAGCAGCUCGAGGAGCAGCGCAACAAGAGGAACAAGAAAAAGUGAUGAGCCUGCUGAUACUUUCGGAGGGAGCUGGUCUGAGGAAGGCGCCAGCGCAUGCGCCAUGUGAUGCUUAUAUAUUCCAUUAAACACUACAAAGUUCUACCACCCAAGCACGUUUAAGCUCCACUACUACCUACUACUAGUUGAAUGAUUCGAUCCCCUCCGGAUAGGGUUUAAUCCACGCCGCAAACAUUACGCCAUGGUUUUGGGGAUUCACGGAGAAAAAUGGCAUCGACCAUGACGCACGUGCACACGAAUACUGGAAGCACAAAAUGAACAAAGAAACACACACACAUUAGCUCAGCUAGAUCUAGGUUUUUUUUUUUCACUGCGCUAGAACGUUUGUUGGGUACAAAAACCAAAGUGGCUUCCUGUUACUACUAGAGCUACUCUACAUCUCACCAACUAGAUAGUGAACAAAUUUACUAAAACUAAAACAAAAGGUGUGAUAAGAUUUUUCCUUCUUUUAACCAGGCCUGAUACACUUUAACCAACAGGCAGAGCUUACUACGAUUGCUUGCCACCGUGGCUUGCCGAGCCGACACAUUCAUUCUCGCUUUCAGGAAUGGAUUGGAGGAGAAUAGACUGUUGUGAACAGUAACAGUUAAACUUAUGUAGGGUUAAAUUAUCUACUUAAAAAAACACACACACAUAUCAUUAAGUAUUGCGGUUAGUGAAGGUGAAAACAAAUAAAGAGCAUGACAGGA